AUGCGCCUUCGGGGUAGAGGUCAGUCGGUUCCCGGGUUUUAUGGUGCAUUGGCAGGGUAUCGAGCAAAGCAAACUAAGAAAUUUUGCCAUUAUUUCCUGGCCCAUACCAUCCACCUCAUCACUAAGUAUGACCGAUUGCGGUACUUGCUUUCACGACCAAUCAUUUCAGGGCGAGUGGCUCGGUGGCUCCUGAUGCUGGCCGAGUUUGAUAUUCAAUGCCUCGCACCUUGUGCCAUUCUAAGCCAAGCUAUGGCUGAUUUGGUAGCUCAAUUUCCUUCUGGUAAUUUUGAGCCGGUGCAUGACGACCUUCCUUACGACGAAUUUGAGUCACUCUGUUGUGCGGAUGAGAAUAUGAUGGGGACUUUGUCAUUUAACAGGUUGUCAACCUCUACGGGAGGUGGCGCAGGGGUGGUGUUAACCCACGAAGAGGGGAGAGCCCAAAAUCUUUCGUACAAGCUCACCUUCGGAUGCUCCAAUAAUACGAUGGAAUAUGAAGCCCUAGUGUUUGUCCUUUUGGUAGCAUGGGAAGCUAAGAUCAAGCGGUUACAUGUUCAAGGUGACUCGAACUUGGUGAUAAAACAGCUGGAUGGUUCCUAUGCUAUCAAGGAGCCGGCUUUGGUGGCAUACAGAAUAAUCAUUCAGAAACUCAGCAACUACUUUAAUGAACUCCGUAUAACUCAUGCGCCUCAAACAGCUAACCGACAUCCAGACGCACUGGCUACUUUGGCAUCUAAAGUUGAGAUUACGGGAGAAUCAGUAGAUAUCCGCAUUCACAAAAAGGACGAGUCAUGGUUGCACGAUGCAGAAUUCACUGACCAAAAAGACGAGGAGGACUGGCAGGGUCCGUACGAGUCGCAGUUGAAGGGCGGCAUGAGCGAAAUUCCCUUGUUGGAACUCAAAAAUUUCGCAUUGUAUUUGGGGGUGCUAUACUUCAGAACACCCGAUGGAACUUUAGCAAGAUGUGUUGGAAGUCAGGAGGACCGCGAAGAGGCCGCUCUCCUGAGGAAGGAAGCAAGGCAGUUCUUCAUAUGUAACGGUGAAUUAAUGAGGCGAGGCUUUGAUGGCAAGGCCAAGCGAUGUGUCAACUCUGCCGAAGCUCGCGAAAUCUUGAAACAGUUCAUGAAGACGAGCACCAAGGGUGGAAAAAAUCGUAUAAUCGUCUUAUACAGCUGGGCUAUUAUUGGCCCACGAUGCAAACUAACAGCAGAGAUUGUGUCCGAAAGUGCCGAGAAUGCCAAGUCCAUAGUUGAGGCCAUUGCCCUGUCAACGGCAACUGGACAAGUAGUAGCGAAUUUCAUCAAAGAAAGUAUUAUAUGCCGCUUCGGUGUACCUCGGGUCAUUAUAUCAGACAAUGGAACCCCCUUUGUCAACAGCAGGGUUCGUGCACUUCUUCGGAGAUAUCAAAUGGCACAUCAUAAGUCGACGCCUUAUUAUCUAAAAGGCAACGGACAGGCAGAAGCCACUAACAAGACGUUCAUCCGAAUCUUGAGUAGAACUUUAAAGGAACAGCAUGACAAGUGGGCUGAGCAGCUACCGCUUGCACUUUGGGCAUACCGAACUGCCACAAGAGGGACCACUGGUACUACGCCCUUAUCCCUGGUAUAUGGUACAGAAGCGGUACUCCUAAUUGAGAUAGUGAUUCCCUCUGGGAGUUUAGCCGAGCAAAGUCAGCCAUAG